AUGCCCGAAGUCACCGACGACACCCCAAUCCACCUCACAGAGGUCGACAUCGACCUCGACGUGCAAGAGAUCCUCCUCGCAGCCUCGCAACAUGACAUCCCUAAGCUGCGCGGCCUCCUUCGCACCCAGUCCCCUCUACCAGAUGCAGCAAAUGUCAAAGACAGCGAGUCAGGCUUCUCACCGCUGCACUCUGCGAUCGCCGCCUGCGAGCUGGACAGCGACACCGAGGGCGCUCAGAACGGAGCCAGUGGCGCCGAAACUUCAGAGCUUAACCCUAAGGGCCUGGACAAUGAGACUCUCAAGUCAGCAGUAGAGACAGUCAAGUUCCUACUGCAAGAAGGCGCUAUCUGGAACGAUCUCGACUCGAACAACGAAACACCCGGCUGUCUCGCUAGGCGCAUCGGAGCUCUCGAGCUAUACGGCCUCAUCGUCGACGCAGGUGUGCGUGCAGAGCUUCUCAUGAACCGCCUCGACGCGUACGAAGAGCUAUCCGAUGAAGACGAUGAAGAUGAAGAAAACGAGGAGAAGCAAGAGAACGAUGAUAACCAGGCUGAGACUGCCAACACAAUCACCGAAACCGAGGCCGAGACAGCACCUGAACUCGUCGAUGCUACGACCACCAACCCCGACGUGAACAACCCCCAAUACCUGGAAUCAUCACUAAACAUCCAAAACGACCGAAUCCUAGACUCGGACCAGAACGGCGUCAUGAUGGCAUGGGAAAGCGACAUUAUGCGCAAAUCUGCCAAGGCACUCCUCCCAACUCCAGGCCUGAAAGUUCUGAACAUCGGACACGGCAUGGGUAUCGUCGAUGGAUUUUUCCAAGAGCAGCAGCCUGCCUCGCACCACAUUGUUGAAGCGCACGCGGACGUCGUUGCGGAGAUGAAGCGUCGUGGCUGGGAUUCUAAGCCUGGUGUUGUUAUUCAUCAGGGCCGUUGGCAAGAUAUUCUGCCUGGUCUUGUUGCCGCUGGGGAGACGUUUGAUGCUAUCUACUAUGAUACUUUUGCUGAAUCUUAUGCUGAUUUCCGGGAGUUCUUCUCCGAGCAAGUCAUCGGAUUAAUGGAGCAAGAGGGGCGGUGGGGAUUCUUUAAUGGCAUGGGUGCCGAUCGGCAGAUCUCAUAUGAUGUCUACCAGAAGGUGGCUGAGAUGGAUCUGUUCGAGGCUGGGUUUGAUGUGCAGUGGGAGGAGAUUGCAGUACCCAAAUUGGAGGGUGAGUGGGAGGGUGUGCGGAGGGCUUACUGGGUUGUGGAUGAUUAUAGAUUGCCGCUGUGCAAGUUCAUGGAUUGA